AGCCAGAACAGCUAAAACCUACCAACCUACCGUCGUGUUGAAAUGACGUUUUGAUCUCAAGGGACUGUACGAAGUGACGCAAUCCUCAGCUGCGAUGAGGAAUUUGACAUUUAUCUCUAGUCUUGAGUUUGAAUAGUCUCUCUGCUCUAUAGGUGUAUAAAACCAACACACCAGGUUUUAAUAAUAGUUUUGAACUGUUAUUUAAAAACAUGGCAUUGGUGGUUAAUCAAUGUUCACUUAUAGACUAGACUAGGUAUAUCAGUGAGUCAUCAUUCGGGAAAGUUGAUAUAAUUUCACUUUCAAAAGGGCUGAAAUGACAACUGCGACUAUGUGGACCUGUAUUGCUCCAUUUUUAUGCUGUAAACAACGCCUUGAUUUACAGAAAGGAAUGCGGAAGAACCACUUCCAUAUUCAAACCACUUCUCCUGCGAGUCUUGUAUGUUGUUGAAUAAGUGGGCAACAGACAAAUAUAUUCUGGUAAACCAGUCACCGCAAGAGUGAGUCUCCCCAGUCCCCAUAAUGGCGGUGGGGCCACGCAGUAUAGAACUACAGGAGCGUCGUGUGCAACUGGUGGAGAGCUGGAGCCAAAAUGUCACCCACCUCCAGGAGCUUCUUUAUCAGGUAGGGGCUCUUACUGAGGAGGACCUCAGCCUAGUGAGAGGGGGAGGUCGCCCGGGGGAGAGGGACUGCAUGAGGACUCUGCUGGAUGUGCUACACGGGCGUGGAGAGGAAGCCUGUCGAGCCUUCUUUCAUGUACUACAGUCACAGAGAGCCAACACAGAGUCAGGGUCUAUGCUAGCUGCUGUCCCACCCAAGGGCACUGGAACCAGCAGCAGUGACUCUGGUCCAACCAACAUGCAGGAGCACUUGAGGAAACACAAGGACAUAUUAGGCAGGCAGCACGGUCCCGUUGAUUACCUUAGGAUCGGGACUAGUAACUCAGAGAGCGUUAAUGAGCCUGGUUCCUUUACAGAUAUUACGUUGUCCAGGUGCGUGGGCUACUCUGUUCCCCUGCAGUACCACCAGCACGAGGCAGCCAUGGUGGGUGAUGCCUUCCGGAGCCAGGACCAGGUCUGUACCUUUCAAGAUGUCUGCCAGAGUCUGCUGUCUGUUCCAGGAGACAAUAUGACUCUGCUCUCGGGGGUGGCUGGCAGUGGGAAGACCACCGUGGUUAUACGUCUGAUUUAUGAGUGGGCCAGGAACUCUGACUCCCAGAAGAUAGUCCUGUCCCUAUCCUUCAGAGAGCUCAAUCUGCUCAGUGAGCCGCAGAGCUUGCAGGAGCUUCUUCUGGUGCACUACAGCCACCUCAAACCUGUUCUGGCCCGGGUCGUUGACUCCCAACCCAGCCGGAUCCUGCUCAUCUUGGACGGGCUCGAUGAGUUCCGCUUCCCUCUGGACUUUGAACGGAGUCCCAAGUGCUCGGAUCCGGAGCGGAGGCUGGGCAUGGGGGAGAUGGUGGUGAACCUGAUCAAGGGUCACCUCCUCCCCGGUAUCUCCAUCCUGGUCACAUCACGGCCCCACGCCGUCUCCAAGGUCCCUCCACUGCUGGUGACCCAGCUCUACAGCGUCCUGGGCUUCUCCACAGACCAGCAGAGGCACUACUUUGAGCAGAGCUGCAGCUCUCCCCUGGUGGCCUCUGCCGUGUGGGGCUACGUUUCCUCCUACCAGCCCCUCCAGCUCAUGUGUCGUAUACCGGCCUUCUGCUGGAUAGUCUCCACUGCCCUCCGUGACGGAGCCCCCAGCUACUUUAGCCAAGUCACCACCACCACUCUGCCCAGUACAGCUAGGACAACGCCAGCAGGCUCCAGUGAUACCACCAACAACAGCGCUGAAAAAGCCACUCCAACCCCUUCCAUCUUCUCCUUCACUGUUCCCAGUGUGACGUUAAUGAGCGGCGAUGUCAAGCCCAUCACCAUCACAGAGAUCUACUGCUGCUUCCUCAAGUCCGUCCUGGUGUUCCACGGAGAGGGCCGCAGCCAGGAAGGCUGCAGCCCGCAGCGUCUCCAGGAGGCCCCGCGGGUCCUAAAGGAGAUGCGGCCCAUGCUGAGAGACCUGGGAGCCCUGGCCUUCCAGGGCCUACUGGAGCGGCGCUUCCUCUUCGACCAGGCUGAUCUGAGCUCUUUCUCCCUGGACUGCAGCGGGCUGUCCAAGGCCUUCCUGGUGGAGAUCCUCAGAGAGGACCGGGCCUCGCUCACCUACCAGAGGAGCUUCCACUUCCUCCACACUAGUGUACAGGAGUUCCUGGCUGCUCUGUACUACGUCCUGCAGGCCCUCUCCGGCUCAGACCCGUUCUUAGGCCUCAAGUCAGCCGUCGUUGUAGCCAUGUUUCCAGUCUCCCUGCACAAAGUGUUAACCUCCACUGCUAAUAAGCUCCUGACGCCCAGACGGCUCCUGCGCAGAUGCAUCAAGAAGGCUUUCUCCUGGGGUGGACACCAUCAGUCUGGUCACAUGGACCUCUUCUGCAGAUUUGUAUCUGGCUUAUUGGUACCUCAAACCCGUGUCAUCCUGGAUGGACUAUUUCCAGGCAGAUCCCAUAUAUUCCCAUCUCUCUCUUCCUCCUCUCUAUCCCUGCCCUCUCCUUCUCCUCCUCCUUUCACCCCUCCCUUUCUCCUGAGCCUGCUCCACUGCCAGCUCCAAUGUGGCAGACUGAGUCCAGAGAGGCAGGUCAACGUGUGCCACUGCCUGUACGAGGCCCAGGACCCAGGCCUGGUGCAGCGUCUACAAUCCUGGCUGCAGGUCCUGGCCCAGCAACAGGUCCCAGACCAGUCUGGCCCAGCCAAGAGGGACUGGAGCGAGCUGGCCUUCCUGCUGCAGCUGAUCCCAGACCUGCAGGAUCUGAAUCUGGAGGCCCAGGGGCUGGACGCAGAAGGCCUGCGCAGAUUGUUGCCUGUACUCCCUCUCUUCAGCACCCUCAGGCUAGGGCAGAAUCCACUGGGUCCAGAGGGGGCAGUUGUGUUAGCCUGUGCCCUGCAGAGCCCAGACUGCCGUGUCGAGAGACUGUGGGUGGUGGGGACAGGACUGGGUUGUGAGGGACUCAAUGUGCUUACAGAAGGACUGAAAGACAACCACACAGUGGUCGACCUCAGGAUGGCCAUCAAUCACAUUGGCGAUGUGGGAGCGGGCUAUCUGGCGGAUCUACUGCGGACCAAUCAUACACUUUAAGAUGUCAGGCUCCGUGACAACCAGAUUACUGAUAAGGGAGCAGAACUCCUCAUGGAAGCACUGACUGAGAAUACCACUCUGGAACAUCUCUGGAUGUUUGACAACAAGUUAUCAAAGGAGGGAGUCAGGAAGCUGAAGGAGUUUGCCAGGAGCACAUCUCAUCUGGACAUCAAAGUGUGCAUCUGAUUUCAUCUGCCUUUCCUGUUGCUGAUGAUAGACUCCAAGUACUUUAUCAUUGGUGGAUGAUGUGGUUGUUUAUAAUUUGUGUGAUAUGGUACUUUUGCACAUAUACAUGGUAUGAAAAAUGUUAUAAAAAAAUGUUAUAAAAUGUUAUUAGUAUUUAAUUAUUAUUUUUGUUCAAAGAACUAAGAGUUUAUAUUUGGUUGUCAGGUUGUAAUAGGUCAAUGAAUGGAGCCAUAGGUCAAUGAAAUCGUCUGCAAUAGGUCUACACGUUUUUCCAACAGGUUGCCUUCUUGUGUUGUCAGAAACGCCACCAAGUAACGAGUUUAAACGUUUAAACAGCACUUCCAUGGAUGGCCAGCAGGGAGCAAUAGACCUGCAUACAUACACAUGACCUACUGGAAGGCUAGGGUCAUAUGUGCAAAAUUUAGAUGAUCAUGUUCACUCUAACAAAGUUGGGCAUUAAUGGGUUAACAAUAAUUUGUUGGUAGCCAACUACAUUUCACUACUUAGAAUUAAUAUAGAAAUGUAUUAAGUUGAGAGUAUUUCUUUAUUCUACCACAAGAUGUCACCAUCAAUUUAAACUUUUCUGCAGUGUUUUUGUUUGCAUCCUUCCUAGUCUGGUCCAUGGGGACAUACAUGCAUGUCAUUAUCCUUUGUUUCCCAUUUCCAUAGAAAAAGGAAAAUAUGUAAAGUACCUGAAUCAUAAGGUGAUUUUUGUGAUGCUCAGGGACAGUGCUACUAUUACUACAAAUCGAAUUCUAUACUUUGUCACCUGUGAAGGUAGAAACUCAUAAUCCCUUUAUGCACUUUGGAAAAAGUUUGUCUGGAAAUAUUUUUAAAAAACAUCGGGAAAAUGCUUCCCAUUUAACUCAAGUUUGCUAUUUUUGUUUUAUCUAUAAUUAGACUAGACAAUGUACGAACCUCUACAUGUAAUUGAAAAUAAAACAAUGCGUGCAAGUCCUUA